AUGAACCCAAACGCGAGAUCGUUCAAUUUUAACCCUUCAGCUUCUGGUUUCGUCCCUUCAUGGGCUGCUCCUCCUCAAGCACAGCAGCAACAGCAACAGCAGGCAGACCAGCAAUUUGCACAGGGCUAUCCAUACGGAGGUGGAUAUCCAUACGAUCAGCAAUACUAUCCACAGCAAGGAUACGGCGGAUAUCCAGCAGCUGUACCCCAAUUCGCUCCACCACAGCAGGAACCUCAACAGCCUCAACAGCCAGCUAGAUUAUCAGCAAAGGAGCAAAUGGAGAUGAUGUCAGGCUCUGGUGCAACGAAGAGCCCUCCAGUAUCACUCUCACUCGGCGGCGGUGGUCCUGCCAAACCAUCCGCAAAGGAAUUAUUGGAACGCAAGUCAGAAACACCUGCGAAAUCUAUGUCAAUUAGCAUGGGUGGCUCAAAACCAAAGCCUGCAGCAGCUCCAGCGACUUCGGAGAAGAAGGAAGCAGCAGCACCUGCACCUGCAGCUGCACCAGAAAAGCCAGCCCCAGCUCCAUCAGUUACUGAGAAAAAGGAUCUUUCUCCAGCGCCAACGCCUUCACCUGCAGCCGCUUCAUCUAGGGCUUCUGCAAAAUCGACCGAUAACUCAGAUUCAAAUGCAGUAAGCGGAGCAAACACACCAAUGUCCAAGUCUGCACUCCAAGCGGCGCAAAGCAAGACUGACACUAUUGUCAAAGAGUCAAAGGCAGCAGCUGAUGCAGACACACUCAAGGAUCUUUUCGGUGCAGAUGGUGUACAGCCAAAACAACAUCUUAACGUUGUGUUUUGUGGUCACGUCGACGCUGGAAAGUCAACAAUGGGCGGUCAAUUGUUACACUUAACUGGUAUGGUCGACAAGCGUACACUGGAAAAGUAUGAGAGGGAUGCUAAAGAAGCUGGUAGAGAGUCGUGGUAUUUGAGUUGGGCAUUGGACUCAACUCCUCAGGAAAGAGAAAAGGGUAAGACUGUUGAAGUUGGUAGAGCAUUUUUCGAGACUGAGAAGAGAAGAUAUACAAUUUUGGAUGCACCAGGACACAAGGGUUACGUUCCAUCAAUGAUUUCAGGCGCUGCUCAAGCUGAUGUCGCUGUUUUGGUUAUUUCCGCCAGAAAGGGUGAAUUUGAAACUGGGUUCGAAAAGGGUGGUCAAACUAGAGAGCACGUCGUUCUUGCUAAGACUGCAGGUGUUCAGAAGAUUAUUGUCGUUAUCAACAAGAUGGAUGAACCAACUGUGCAAUGGGAUAAGGCAAGAUAUGAUGACAUAGUGUCUAAGCUCAAUCCGUUCUUGAAGGGAUCUGGGUUCAGCUUGAAGACUGAUGUAACUUACAUUCCAGUGUCUGCAUACUCAGGAGAUAACAUCAAGGAUAAAGUUUCAAAACCUGAAGCAGAGUGGUGUGACUCACCUGCUCUUAUUCCAUUCUUGGAUUCAAUGCCAUUGGUUGAUAGAAAUUACAGUGCACCAUUGAUGAUGCCAAUUAGUGAAAAGUAUAAGGAUAUGGGUACAAUGGUUGUUGGUAAAAUUGAAUCUGGUACACUGAAAUGUGGAGAUAAGUUAACGCUUAUGCCAAACAAAGAUCAAGUUGAAGUGAUGACAAUUGAAGAUGAACUCGAUGAGCCAAUUCAAAUAGCACUAUGUGGUGACAAUGUUACACUCAAGUUGAGAGGUGUUGAUGAUGAGAAUGUGCAAGUUGGAUUCGUGUUGACAGAUCCAAGAAAACCAGUCAAGACAGUCAAACAAUUUGAAGCUCAAUUGGCAAUUCUUGAUCAUAAGAAUAUUAUUUGCGCUGGUUACUCAGCUAUGAUGCACUGUCACACAUUGGCAGAAGAGGUACAUUUAUCAGAGUUGUUGCACUACUAUGAUAAGAAGACGGGCAGAAAAUCGAAGAAGGCACCACAAUUCGCAAAGAAAGGACAGAAAGUUGUUGCAUUGUUAGAAUCAACUGGCUCAGUUUGUGUGGAGAGUUUCAACGAUUAUCCACAAUUGGGUAGAUUCACGUUGAGAGAUGAAGGUAAAACGGUAGCUAUUGGUAAGAUAACCAAAUUGAUUGAGAAGACUGAGAGUGGAGAGUUGGCGGAUGUUUCAACAGGUGUUCAACAAUUGUCUGUAAAUAAGUAG